ACACAGCGCCAGCAUCAUGCCUAAGCAAGUGGAGGUGAGGAUGCACGAAAGUCACCUGGAGCCCAUCGAGGCCAGGCCCAGGAACAAGUGUAUCAGCUGCUUCGCUUCUCUCUUCAAGAACCUGCUGCUCACACUCACUGUGCUCGGUCAGUACAAUCAUCAGCUGUUUUACCAAGCACACUAUCACAAUCUCUCUCUCUCUCUCUCUCCGUGUUAGAAAGACUAGAGGAAGAGAUCGUCGGCGCUGAGAGCGUCUAUCGAGCGUAGCGGAACGAGAAGACGCUCUCGCGUCUAUCUAUCCUCUCGCUCUCCUCUCUCUGCUCUCUCUUUCUCUCUCAUCUCCCUCUCCUCUCCUCUCUCUCUCAUCCCUCUCCUUCUGUUCUUGGGGUGUGUGAGCUUGUGUAAUAUGUCCAUCACAGACCACUACGCAGAACACCCCCAUAGCGGCUCCCAAAGUGGCAUUGAUCAUUUGCAAUUAUAGAGAGGGUUAGAGAUGUUUGAUGCUCCAUGCACAGGAAAUCUAGUGCCCUCCUCAUCCAGCAGGUGUGCAACAUCAGGUGUGCAGCAUCAGUGGGGUGAGGUUACGUUUCUGAAGCUGUGCAUGAAUCUAAAACAGUUUACAACUAUAUGUGAGCUUAAAGUGUUUGUAUUGCAGACUGUGUUGUGAAACAGCCUCUCAGGGCCUGUGAUCUUUGGCAGGGAUCUAGCAGCAGAGAAAGUGCAGCCUACUAGGGGGGUAGUUUGGGGUUUUGGGGUCUGGGCCUAGCCUUGUCUGGCCUGAGCAGGACAGAGAGAGACAGAGCCAAGGACAGGAACAGAGACUGACCACAGGGCCAGUGUGCAGACACGGCUGCAGGGGGCAGGAGCACUCAGAGGUCAGCUCUCUCUCUGGAGCAUAGGGGGAGGAGGAGGUUGGGGGUGGAAGGACACGGCUGGAGAGGUUGGGUUGUUGGGGGAUCGGGGGCUAGUUUUCUGUUUAGGAUGGGAAUUGAAGAGUGGGUUAGGGAUGUUUAUCAAGGUUGAGCCAUGGGAAGCAAUGGAGGUCAGGUGGGGUUUAGGGCACAUAGUUAUAAAGUCAGGGCCAGCAUAGGAUCAGAGGAGUGUGUCAUUAUUUUCCUCAGAAUUCCCCUUGGUUAUAGGCCUCCUCCAUAUACUGGAGUACAGUGAGAGUUAUUAUCCUACCCUGCUGCUAACUGACUGUUUCCUAGAGAACCUGCCCUCUCCAGAGGGAAUACAGAUGCUCCUCCAAGCACUGUAAGAACCUCUCCUUGUCUGAAGCAUUGACUCCUCCUCUCCCUUCAAAGAGAUCUUCUCUUAAUCCUCUAUCAGACUCUAUCAACCUCUUUCACACUGAGACUGUUUUAUGUCCCCUAUCCACCACUACCCACUGGCCCCUGUACAUGGCAUGCAAUCCACAGCCUCUCAUAACCAGUUCCAGAAUGCUGAAUUAAUAUGCAACGAGAAGCAGUGAUUUAAGGCAAACUUAUGGAAAUGAAAUAUUGUUAUGAUCUGUCAAUCGCCUUAUAGAUCCCUUUUUAUCAUAAGCAAGUCCCAUUUUGAAAUUAUUCUAGUUAUUUCCAAACUCUCUCUGCACAGAAUAACAAAACAUUUUCUAAAUGGAGAAAGUCCCCAUGUUAUCCCAGAUUUUCUCACAAGGUAGCCAGACCAACCACUCUAGGGUCACUUCCCAAUCCCACCUGUUCUCAAGUCCUUGGCUGGCCUCUGAGUUAGGGACGUCUUGCCUUCCCUGCACUGUGGCACAGGACCUCCUCGCCACUGCUCUCUCUCUCUGAACUGCUCUGUCUCUGGUCUCUCUUUAGCAUUGUUUCCCCUCUCCUCUUAUGGUGUUUCUCUCAUUCCUCAGGCUUCAGACAUGGGGGACUCCGUCUAUAUCAGCAUUCUUUCACACCUCUUCAUAGUAACUGACCCCCCAUUCACCCUUCUCAUUCUCCAGGUGUGAUUCUGGGGGCUGUGUCUGGGAUGCUGCUUCGUUAUGCCUCUCCCAUCCACCCGGACAUCGUCAUGGUGAUUGCCUUCCCUGGAGACAUCCUGAUGAGGAUGCUGAAGAUGUUGAUCCUGCCUCUCAUCAUCUCCAGUUUAAUCACAGGUACAGUAUGGUAGAGUCAUGGGUUCAACAGAAGAGAGAGGACUGCUGUUUCUCCUAAUUUAUACAGUAACUAUAGACCGAUAUACCUUUUUAAUGCCGAUAUAAAACAUAUAUAUAUUUUUUAUACAGUUUAUUCUGUUUAUUAUUUAUUAAUUGCCACAGUAUCAAUCAUCAUCUUUCACUAUUAGCACUUAAAAAGUAACUUAGUACACUUAUUCCACACUGCUAUAUCAACACAUAUUUGAUACAAUAGAGGAAAACUGCAAAUGCUUGUUUUGGCUGCAGGUCUGGCUGGUCUAGAUGCCAAGUCUAGCGGUCGCCUGGGCACCAGGGCAAUGGUCUACUACAUGUCCACCACGGUGAUUGCUGCAGUGCUGGGAGUCAUCCUGGUGCUGGUCAUCCACCCUGGAGACCCCAAGAUGAAGGAGCAGCUGGGAGAUGGCCAAAAGCACGAUGAUGUGUCCAGCCUGGAUGCCUUCUUUGACCUCAUCAGGAACCUGUUCCCUGAGAACCUGGUGCAGGCCUGCUUCCAGCAGGUACAGUACACUACAACACACAGAUAUAUUUAACCAGGCGAGUCAAUUAAGAACAAAUGUUUUUUUGUGUGUUUUUUUUACAAUAAUGGCCUGGAUGAGACUUCCAAGUAUUGCCUGGAUGAGGCACCCCCAGAACAAAUCAGUUUUAUGAAGAAUACAAAUGAUUGUGUUGAUUUUAUCUUUGCGUCCUUAACCCUUGUUACCAAAAGUUAAGAUGGAUUGAGAUGUAAGAUAUUAAGGACUUGUCUGUGUUCUCUUUUCCCACCUCAGAUCCAAACGGUCACUAAGAAGGUGGAGAAGGUGAUUGAGGAAGAUGUCAAUGCCACCACCACCUUGGAGGGCCUCCUGUCCAACGCCACCAAGGAACCUGAGUUCAUCAUCAAGAAGUCCCUCCAGUUCAAGAGUGGCAUGAACGUGUUAGGUAUGGCGGCUUCUCUUUUGGACCAGGUCGCAAUUGUUUGUACAACCGCCCAUCUGAAAGAAACUGUGCAUAUAUCACUUUUAAAUUGUCUUUACUUCUUUGUCUGAGAAUAAACCAGUGCAUCACAUCAUAUCACACCUCAACAGAGCCCUGGGCACAGCUCAUUCUGCCUCACUAACUGUAUCAUAUUUUUAGUCAUCAUCAUAUCUUUCUGUGAGCCCAUUUACUCUACUCAUUCCCAACUGUGAUUUUCUCUCCUGAUUGUGUGAUGCAGGAGUGAUUGGCUUCUUCAUUGCCUUCGGCAUCUGCAUGGGGAAGAUGGGAGAGAGGGCCAAGCUCAUGCUGGAGUUCUUCAACAUCCUCAACGAGAUUGUUAUGAACCUGGUCAUCAUGAUCAUGUGGUAAGAGAUCUUUAGCCUUUCAAGCUCAUUCUACAUGGACUUAUGCUAGUCAUAGAAAAAUGAUGAGUAUUUGUACAUCUACAUUUGAUAAUCUGGCACAUAUUGUAGACAUUGAUUGAGAUGGAUACCUCUUUUUCUUCAGUGUAUACAUUGUUAAACCUCUCCUGUGCACCUAGGUACUCUCCCUUCGGUAUCUGCUGCCUGAUCUGUGGUAAGAUCAUCUCCAUCGAUGACCUGGAGGUGGUUGCUAGGCAGCUGGGGAUGUACAUGGUGACUGUGAUCGUGGGCUUGAUCAUCCACGGGGCCAUCUUCCUGCCUGCCAUCUACUUUGCCAUUGUCAGGAAAAACCCCUACACCUUCUUCAUGGGCAUCUUCCAGGCCUGGAUCACUGCCUUGGGGACAGCCUCCAGGCAAGAGCCACAACCAUGGAUGCAUCUCACUAUUUACACUAUCUAACUGUUUUCACUGUAAAUUGACAGAUCACUUUUUAUAGAAAAAGCAUUAAAUCUGUCAAAUCUUUCAUAUCUGUGCUGAACGUUGUGGAAUACUGUAUGCAACAUCCUUACUCUCUCAUACUGUACCUGUGUUUGUCUCUGUCAGUGCUGGUACACUGCCUGUCACCUUCCGUUGCCUGGAAGAAAACUUGGGCAUUGAUAAGAGAGUCACCCGUUUUGUGCUCCCCGUCGGCGCCACCAUCAACAUGGAUGGAACUGCCCUUUACGAGGCCGUGGCAGCCAUCUUUAUCGCCCAGAUGAACAACAUCUACCUGGAUGCUGGUCAGAUCGUCACUGUCAGGUAGGGACUGCUAUAGGACAUACUUUCUGAUCAGGGUGGGAAUUUCACUGCCUACCUUCUUAAUGUACACUACCGGUCAAAAGUUUGGACACACCUACUCUUUAUUUUUACUGUUUUCUACAUUGUAGAAUAAUAGUGUAGACAUCAAAAUUAUGAAAUAACACAUAUGGAAUCAUGCAGUAACCAAAAAAGUGUUAAACAAAUCAAAAUAUAUUUUAUAUUUCAGAUUCUUCAAAUAGCCACCCUUUGCCUUGAUGACAUCUUUGCACACUCUUGGCAUUCUCUCAACCAGCUUAGCAUUCUCUCAACCAGCUUCACCUGGAAUGCUUUUCCAACAGUCUUGAAGGAGUUCCCACAUAUGCUGAGCACUUGUUGGCUGCUUUUCCUUCACUAUGUAGUCCGACUCAUCCCAAACCAUCUCAAUUUGGUUGAGGUCGGGGGAUUGUGGAGGCCAGGUCAUGUGAUGCAGCACUCCUUCACUCUCCUUCUUGGUAAAAUAUCCCUUACACAGCCUGGAGGUGUGUUGGGUCAUUGUCCGGUUGAAAAACAAAUGAUAGUCCCACUAAGCCCAAACCAGAUGGGAUGGCGUAUCGCUGCAGAAUGCUGUGGUAGCCAUGCUGGUUAUGUGUGCCUUGAAUUCUAAAUAAAUCACUGACAGUGUCACCAGCAAAGCACCCCCACACCAUAACACCUCCUCCAUGCUUUACGGUGGGAAAUACACAUGCGGAGAUCAUCCGUUCACCCACACCGCGUCUCACAAAGACACGGCAGUUGGAGGCAAAAAUCUCAAAUUUGGACUCCAGACCAAAGGACAAAUUUCCAGCGGUCUAAUGUCCAAUGCUCGUGUUUCUUGGCCCAAGCAAGACUCUUCUUCUAAUGGUGUCCUUUAGUAGUGGUUUCUAUGCAGCAAUUCAACCAUGAAGGCCUGAUUCACACAGUCUCCUCUAAACAGUUGAUGUUGAGAUGUGUCUGUUACUUGAACUCUGUGAAGCAUUUAUUUGGGCUGCAAUUUCUGAGACUGGUAACUCUAAUGAACUUAUCCUCUGCAGCAGAGGUAUCCCUGGGUCUUCCAUUUCUGUGGCGGUCCUCAUGAGAGCCAGUUUCAUCAUAGCGCUUGAUGGUUUUUGUGACUGCACUUGAAGAAACUUUCAAAGUUCUUGACAUUUUCCGUAUUUACUGACUUUUAUGUCUUAAAUUAAUGAUGGAUUGUCGUUUAUCUUUGCUUAUUUGAGCUGUUCUUGCCAUAAUAUGGAUUUUUACCAAAUAGGGCUACCUUCUGUAUACCCCCACCUGUCACAACACAACUGAUUGGCUCAAACACAUUAAGAAGGAAAGAAAUUCCACAAAUGAACUUAUAAGAAGGCACACCUGUUAAUUGAAAUGCAUUCCAGGUGACUACCUCAUGAAGCUGGUUGAGAUAAUGCCAAUAGUGUGCAAAGCUGUCAUCAAGGCAAAGGGUGGCCAUUUGAAGAAUCUCAAAUAUAAAAUAUAUUUUGAUUUGUUUAACACUUUUUUGGUUACUACAUGAUUCCAUAUGUGUUAUUUCAUAGUUUUGAUGUUUUCACUAUUAUUCUACAAUGUAGAAAAUAAUAAAAAUAAAGAAAAACCCUUGAAUGAGUAGGUGUUCAAAAUUUUUUGACCGGUUGUGUAAGUAAUGACGUAAAAUUACAUUACAUUUAGGGGACACUAUUAUUCAAAGACAUACAUAGUUAUGUGUUUAUGGAUCAUGCAGGAACUGAGCACACAACCUGUGAUGCCAGUCCCAAUAUCCUAAAUCACUAUAUUAUUAUUACAGUCACACCAACUCACUCUGAACAUGUUUCAUGAAGUAGCUGUACCCAUUUGCUCUUCGGUUGAUAGAAACAGUCCUUGGCCUUUGGACUUUCAAACUUCAUCUGUAGAGCAAUUUUAACCAUUACGUUUUUUCGCUCCUCUCUAUCUUUCUCCCCAUGCAGUCUGACUGCUACCCUGGCCAGUGUUGGUGCGGCCAGUAUUCCCAGUGCUGGACUGGUGACUAUGCUUCUGAUCCUCACUGCAGUCGGCCUGCCAACUCAGGACAUCAGUCUGCUGGUUGCUGUUGACUGGCUCCUGUGAGUUGAUCUGCAUUGCUAGUGACUCAGACCCAAGUGCAUGUUGUCAUAUGCAUUCAAAGUAAAAUGAGCUUAUUGUAUACACUGAGUACUGCAUACAAAACAUUAAGGACAUCUGCUCUUUCCAUGACAUAGACUGACCAGGUGAAUCCAGAGGUUGCAACUCAAUAUUAGGAAGGUGUCCUUAAUGUUUCGUACAGUCAGUGUAUGUACACCAUGCUUUCAAUGAUUGCUAAUUACAUUUGUUCUACCCCUAUCCAAACAUGUUUAUUUUUUUAUCUCCACACAAAACUGGUGUAUUACCAACCUUUCCUUUUUCCUAUCCCAGGGACCGGUUCCGUACCUCUGUGAAUGUGGUGGGAGACUCGUACGGCGCGGGUAUCGUGUACCACCUGUCCAAGGCUGAGCUGGAUGAGCUGGACGCUACACAUGGCAAGUCGGACGACAUCGAGAUGAUGAACAAGACCUCAUCCUACUAUGAUGACCUCAAGAACCACCACGAAAACAACUCCAACCAGUGCGUCCAGUAUGCCGCUCACAAUUCAGUCGUAGUAGAUGAGUGCAAGGUACAAUUCACGCUUACGCACAUAGAGACUUGUAUAUAGACGCCUAACAUGCUGCACCUUUUCUUUUCUCUCUUUCAUUUUUCCUGUUUGUAUAUGAUGCCACUGUAAAUACAUACAGUGUUAUUUUAAGAAGAAAGUCUGAAAAAGACCCAAAAAAUUAAUGUGUAUAUAUUUCAGUGUGCAUUCACUUGAAGUAGCAGCUUUUGUGACAUUUUUAUGACUAAGAAUACAUUCCAAACUUGCAGAAGGUAUUUCUGUUCAUGUAAAUACCAAAAAAAUUGCAAGCCAGAAAAAAUGCAACCCACAAAGUGAGACAGCGUCACUCACAAGUACAAGUGCAAAUCCAAAUCAGUGGGCUAACCAAAACAAAACAAACUUAAAUGCUUUUUCAUAAUGUCAAUGAAAAGCAGUGCUAACUUGGCUCUGCCCUAAUGCCCCCCCACCCAACCAACACCACCAACUCCCCCACUCUCCUCCCAGCCUCAUUCCUUCCCUUUCAACCUGCUGGGGUUGGUUCUGAGAGAGAGGAAAAGCCAUAUAAGCUAGGACCUCAGGGAAUUACGUGAUGAGCCCCAGCAAACCUCCACCCCCCUUCACUACAUAUGCAGGUUUCACCACCACAUCUCUGGCCCCAAAUCCCUUGUCAAAUUAUGGGGCUUAAGGUCUUUCCCCGGGCUGCUUCAGAGGCUGUGCUGGAUUACUCCUGCUGCUUUCGGGGUUUCAUUUAUCAAUUUGUGAUCAAAUGAGCUUUUGUGAGGUUUAUGAGAAAGACGCUGUUGCUGUGUAUUCUCUUCGUACUCUGUUAUAUCCCUUAAAAUGACUUAAAGUCUUCUGUCUAAAUGUGUCAUUUUAAAGAGAAUGUAAUUUAUGUUGGGAUAUAAAUAUUCAGAGAAUUGCAAUAUAGUCCUUCAUUAACACUGCAUAUAUUGACUGAGCCCUGGCACCCUCCAGACAGGGAUGGAGUGAUUCUCAGUCUUUAGAGAUGAGAUGCUUUUGCAUUUACACACUAGCUAUUCUUGCUCAUUGUGAGAAAUCUGUCUUGCGAAAUUGGAAGAUGCAAAGUAGCUCAUGCAGAAUCUGAAACAGUAAAACUUUGAAUACACUGUUUGAAUAGAUCAAGGAAAAGCGUUGUUGGCUGCUAUUAUAAUGUGGAGGAAUUUGGGCUGCUUGUUUUCUAGAGCAGCAGGCCCCACUAUCAAAGGGCCUACUGAUGAACCCAUUCAUUUAUUACAGGAUCAAGCGUGUUGCUUAGCAACACUGAGGCCCUUGCACUCCAAUGGUCAGACCAAGACAAUAUAUCCGGACAUUUUUGUAUCCAUCCAUUAAACUAGCGAAGCAUGGCACAAAGGCUGUUUUCCUCCAAUGUUUUCUCUCUUUAUUUUCUUGUAUGUCUUGGCUGUACAUAAAUUACCUCAAAUAACUUUUCUAACAUUUAUCCAAAGAUGCAAACCAUUGUAGAACGCCUUGCAAAAUAAUGUGUACAGACUAAAACAUAACAUUGCACUCAUGUUGUUGUAUUUUGUACCUUGUUUUCUUUGUAUCUUUUUUUUGUUGUAUUUAUGAAAUGUUAUAUAUGUCACUGCAUGCUAAAAUUGUGAUUAUAUGUUGAUUGUUCUCAGGUCAGUAGAAAGGGCUGGUGCUCGUUGUUAAGACAGACCCCGUGCUUCCAUCAGCAUGAUCCUCAGUGGUUGUCCAGGGCUUCCUGAUACCUUCAGAAUACACCUGUCUUCUAUGUUAUGAUCAAUCAUAUAAUUGGAGUACAGAACCUACUUUUCAUUAUGAUAGUUUAUUUAUUUAAAAAUAUAUAUUUUUUUACACUUAAAACCAUUGCAAAUGAUAUACGAUUUUAAAGUAAAAGGCUUUAAGUAUAUACUGCAUGUGCAACCAAAUGCAAACCAAAAGAUCAGAGUAGUUUUACAGUUCUUCUGGUGUCUGUGCUCCAAAGCAUUAAGUCCAGAUCAUGAAGCAUGCACUCUGCCUGUUUACGUAGAUGUGUGAACCUGCUGUUUAGAUCUCCAUGGUGAUUGCUUUCAGGUAACCUCGGCCACUAACGGCUCUACUGCUGCGGCGGCCAUGGCGGAGUGCACACUUGUUGAGGAGGAACCCCGGAAAAGUGAAUAAAGCCUGGCGCACAGACCCCCAGCUCCACAGGCUUUCCUAUCUGGUGAAAAAAUGAGUGAAUGAAAAAAAAGAGUCAUGCGAACAGAACUACUAAUUGUUUUUCUUAUGUAGUUUUAUUUUGCAUUUAUAUUAGUCCUUUUACAGUGUUUCUAACCAUCUAUCUGACUGACUGAGAUGAAUAAUACUAGUUAACUUAUCAGUGAGACGAUAACAGAGGUAUGUUUUACCUGUUAGAACACUAAUAUGUGCAUCAUAGCAAACACUUGAACAACGGACAUCAGGCUUGGGAGG